ACUGAUCACAAAAUGUUUUUGGGGGGGAAGACGUAGGAAAUUUUCCAGUCUUGGUAUUUUUUGUUUAUGGUCGGACUCAGCGGAGCGGAUUCGGACCGAGGUCGGACUUGUUUGCUUGAAGGGUGAAUGUGUGCAUUGUAAAGCAAUUAAAAGUCUAUUGAGAGUUAUGGCUGGUGCUCCAUAUAUUCUUAACGAAAUUGAUAGAAUUAUCAGAAAUACUCCUUUAUACGCGCUUGUUUUGGAAGCCUUUCUUCUGUUGUCAGUCAUUUGGUUGAUCCUAUAUAAGCGGAAUGGGCGCAAACGUUAUACAUCUGAAGAAGAAGAAGCAUUAAUUCUUAGUUUUGAACCUGAAGCACUAGUUGCAGAAGUCGACAAAAACCACCCAGCACUUAAGCCACGAAUGGUUUCUGGCAAAGUGGGCAAGUACAUUGUAGUAAAUGGUUACACUUGUUUAAAUUUGUCCACCCAUAACUACUUGGGACUUCUGGAAGAUGAAAAAAUUUUAGAGGAUGCCGUACAUAGCUUGAGAAAAUAUGGAGUUGGAUCGUGUGGUCCAAGAGGUUUUUAUGGUACUGUUGAUGUACACCUAGAAUUAGAAGAACGCCUUGCUAAAUUCAUGGGAACUGAAGAAGCUGUUGUCUAUUCAUAUGGUUUUUCAACUGUAGCCAGUGCAAUACCUGCAUAUUCCAAAAGAACAGAUGUGAUUUUUGUUGAUGAAUCAGUAAAUUUUUCAAUUCAAAAAGGGUUAGAUGCGUCAAGAAGUAAAAUUUUUUAUUACAAACAUAAUGACAUGGCUGACUUGGAGCGUCUUUUAGUUGAACAACAAAAGAGAGAUUUAAAGAACCCGAGCAAAGCAGCUAAAACUCGUCGUUUUCUUGUUGCGGAAGGAAUCUACAUGAACACCGGAGAAAUCUGUCCACUUCCUGAACUUGUUGCUUUGCGUUCAAAAUACAAACUACGUUUAUUUCUUGAUGAGAGUAUAUCAUUCGGAACUUUAGGAAAAACUGGACAUGGAUUAACAGAAUAUUUUAAUGUUGAUCGUAUUGAAGUGGAUCUUAUUUGCGCUGGCAUGGAAUGGGCAGUUGCUUCGAUUGGAGGGUUUUGUGUUGGAUCAUCGUUUAUUGUAGAACAUCAACGUCUCUCUGGAUUAGGUUAUUGUUUUUCAGCUUCUUUACCUCCUCUUUUGACACAAGCCGCAAUAAGUGCUCUAGAUCGCUUUGAAACAGAUCCACAAAUAUUUAGUCAGUUGGAGAGCAUAAGUCGUAAAAUGCAUUUGAUAUUUAGUAAAUUUUCAAAGCUAACAUUGCGUGGAAAUGAAAUUUCUCCUGUGAAACAUCUUUAUUUAAAACAUUCCAUGAACGUGGAAGAGGAACAACAAAUUCUAGCAAAAAUUGCUGAUAAGUGCAUUGAGAAUAAUAUUGCUCUUAUUGAAGCACAUUAUUUAGAAGCCCUAGAAAAAUUACCGCCAAAACCAAGUUUGCGAGUGACAUCCAAUCUUUUGUUGACCGAUAAAGAACUAAAUGCAGCCUUCGAGGUCAUAGAGAGAGUUUCCAAUGGUAUUUUAGAAUAAAAAUAUAUCAUGCAUGAGCAUGAACACACAAGAAAAUUAUAAAAGUAAAUUAAAAAUAAGAUCAUAUAUUUUUCGGAAGAAUAUUUUUCUCACCUUUGUAAUGCUUGAACGCUGGGCAAAUUAAAAUAUAAUUAUUAAAAUAUAAUUCAUUUUUUUAGAGUGCAUAUAAAUAACUUGAUGUGCCUAAAAAUUUUAAAUUUAACCAAAGAAAUGUAUUGAAAAAAAUAAUAAAAAAAAAUCAUUAAAAAUAUAAAUCGAACACAUUCAUAGCGGCAGCUUUUGAUUUAAA